UUUUCACAUCAUUAGAUUCCACCCUUCCGUUUUAUAAGAAGUACUUUGGCGUGGUUUGGAAAGAAAUAUUGCAAAUAAUAUUAAGAAAAGAAAAAAUGAAUGCUAAGGUACAUAGCUCUGAUGAUACCAAGAAGGAUGAAGAAGUUGUGCUUCCUGGAUUUAGAUUCCAUCCCACAGAUGAAGAGCUUGUUGGGUUUUAUUUGCAGAGAAAGGUGGACAAGAAGCCUCUAAAAAUUGAACUCAUCAAACAGGUUGAUAUCUACAAAUAUGAUCCAUGGGAUCUUCCAAAGGUGAAUUCAUUUGGGGAGAAAGAGUGGUAUUUUUUCUGCAUAAGAGGGAGGAAGUACAGGAACAGCGUGAGGCCAAACAGGGUAACUAGGUCAGGGUUCUGGAAGGCCACAGGGAUUGACAAGUCCAUAUAUUGCGUGAAAGAGCCACAUGAAUGCAUUGGCCUCAAGAAGUCAUUGGUCUACUAUCGUGGAAGUGCUGGCAAAGGCACCAAAACUGAUUGGAUGAUGCAUGAGUUUCGCCUUCCACCCAAUGCAAAAUCCAACCCCAAUGACCUUCAAGAAGCUGAGGUGUGGACACUGUGCAGGAUAUUCAAACGCAUCCCAUCUUUCAAAAAGUACACUCCAAAUUUGAAAGACUCAACACCAGUCACCAAACCAAACCCUGUGAAUUCCAACACAUCCACCUUAAAUUCUGACAAUUGCGAGCCAUAUUUGAUCUGCAGAGACCCUAUGGUGAUGCAACAAAUCGAAAGAAAACCAGUUAUUGGACAAGUUGAUGAAAAGAAACACAUGUUUCUGGGCCAGUUUGGUCCACUACCCCAUCAUCUUCAGGCCCCAUCAACUACCCCUUACCCAAAUUUUUGGGACCAGAAUAAUGUUGAGGAUUAUACAUUUGCCAAUGAGAAUUGGGAUGACCUAAGAUCUGUGGUUCAGUUUGCAAUUGAUCCAUCCACGGUGUUUGAUUGUACAGGAACAUAUAUUCCACCCUACUUUUCUUAGGGCUGGAAUGAGUAACUUCGGUAGAUAUAUGUUAUAUAUAUAUAAUGUAUGAACAUAUAUAGAGGUUAUAGUUGUCAUUAUUCUUACAGUUUUUUAAUUUCUUGUAUUAACACAUAUAUGUUGAAAUUUGCUGGUUUUACUAUGUUUUGUUGUAAAACCUAAUAUUAACUUGUAUCUUGUCAUUUAUAUCCCUUUUCCAUUGAUUGAGUCAAUAAAUACGUUAUACCUUGAUUUGUCAAUUUA